AUGGCUGCCUCUGCUCCAAACACCUCUGCCGCGGCUGAAAGCACUGCUCCCGCCACGGCGCACGCUGGGAAAAAGCCCAUGUCGAUGUUCUCGUUCGGUGCACCCAAGGGCGCAUCGCACAACUCCAACGGCCCCUCCAUUCUGGCCAUCUCCACAUCGCCCGGCCAGACGUCGGCGAAACACAACCUCGCCAAGUCGCCCACCGCGUUGAAGUCGCCCUCGUUGCAAUUGAGCUCGCCCAUCUGCUCGCCCGUGAUGGAGACAGACUCCUUGACGGAAACGCCCGACUGCAACAUCUUCGAGCGUUCUGUUCAGGAAACUGCGCACGUCAAACAGGAGGACUACAUUCCUCCGGCGUUGGAUGCCACUGCGGAGAUCUUGAGCGACAAGGAUACCAACUUGGACGACGUGGAGAUGAUCUACUCGCUGAGAAGAAACUCCUCCGUCAUUGGCUUGAACAUGGCCUUGCGUAGACCUUAUACACCUCUGCGUAAGAAUAGUGUCCAGUCCAUGUCGCAGAUGAAUGCCGCCUUGAGUGCUGGCGCCAGCACCAUGGGCCAGUCUCCGCUGUCUCCGGUGUCUCCGCCCAAAUUGAGCACCUCGCGUUCCUCGGUGUCGUUCUAUUCGUACGCUGAUAUGAUCAACAACGACGAGUUUGCUCGCAGACCCUCGAUCAUGCACUCCUACAGUCAUGGUGUGGUGCCUACUAUUGGUUCCUCUGUAGCCCGCAAGAUGAGUGUCACUCUGGCUCACAGCACCGGCUCUAACGCUGGUGCUGGUGUGGCCAACUUCUCCAGCUCAAACAGCGGUUUGGCGUUCAACAAGCUCUCGCGCAAGUUGACGUCCAACUCGACCCAUUCGCAAUCGCAAUCCCAAUCCCAAUCGCAAGGGCUGUCGCAAGCACCGGGCCUGUCACUGUCGCAAUCACAACUAUCAAAACAAAUGAAGGGCCGUCAUUUGCACAGAAGACUGUCCCGGUCCAACGACCCCGAAAACUCCCAAAAAUUCCUCAUCAGUCCUGAGUCGUCCGACUCCGAAGAACAGGAAACCUACUACCCUGCUUCCUCGUCGGCCUUGUCAGACUCCUCUUCCAGACGUAAAUCUAUUAUUUCCCUACACUCGUCCAACGAGUUGGACAACGAAAGCUUGGUUUCGACUUCUGUUGCAGAUUGCAUCAGACAGUGCACCACUGAGAUCAGCGGUCACUGA